CUAGGCGUUUUGACUCAGCCACGUUAUUCUAAAAGCUAAUCUUGUUUGUUUGUGUUUUCCAGAGAUUCAUUUGAGCUGUGGCUGAAGCAGUUGCACACAGGGCCCCGUUAGGGACGAGAGAGAGAGAGAAGAGAGAGAAACGCGGCGGUGACUGGUUGUUGAUGGCAACCUUCGCCUCUUUUCUCUCUUGUUCUCCUCCUCCUCAGCCGCCUCCGCCGUCGUUUAUUUCCUCCCGCCGAUUUUUCCGGCCAUCGUCUUUUUCCGCUUCCAAACCUGCUAGGAAUUUGGGUAAAUUGCUGCGUCUCGAAACCCGGGUUCUCGCUUUCUCCGGUUCGUCUUUCCCUGCUUCAGAGUUCAGCUCGGGAGAUGAAAAUUCGCCAUCUGAGAAAUCAAACCUCUAUAAUUUAGUUCAAGAUAUCGAGCCCUUGGAUGUGAGCCUCAUCCAAAAAGAUGUUCCACAAACAACUAUAGAUGCAAUGAAGCGGACAAUUUCAGGAAUGUUGGGUUUGCUACCAUCUGACCAAUUUCAAGUGAUGGUUGAAGCUUUAUGGGAUCCGCUCUUCAAGCUGUUGAUAUCUUCAAUGAUGACAGGAUACACAUUAAGAAAUGCAGAAUACAGGCUCAGUCUUGAGAGGAAUCUUGAGAUAUAUGUAGGAGACAGUGAUAAUUCAAAACCUGGAGAUUCUAAAUGUAAUACCGAGGAGGGACACCAGGGAAGAGGGAGUUCUAGACAAGAUAGCUUGCCGACAUCCAAUGAAACUGGUGAAAUGACAUAUGACAUUCCAGAUUUUGGUGAAAUGACCGUUGAGGCCCGGCAGUAUAUUUUGAAACUGCAUUCCCGUUUAUCUUCGGUAGCUGAGCUAUCAGAGCCAACCUCACCCGAACUUAGAGCCACGAUUCAUUCAGUCGUGCAUGGUCUAUUGGCAACUCUCUCUCCAAAGAUGCACUCCAAAGGCCCCGAUCUUGGAGACAAUAACACUGCAGGAACUGUAGAUGUUGGAACUGAAGCGGACUGUGUCGAUCUUGUCGAGAACACUUCUCUUCAGUUCCAACCUCUUAUUUCAUUGCCACGCGAUUACCUGGCUCGCUUGCUCUUCUGGUGUAUGCUGUUAGGGCACUACCUUAGAGGGCAAGAAUACAGGUUGGAGCUUAUGGAGCUUCUCACAUUGCCAUUUGUUGCAGAUAGUGAUUCUUCCACUGGUCGACAUGUCAUCUGAAGAACGAUAUUAUGUCGUUUUCUUACUUUGUUUCAUAUAAACAAGUUGUUGAAGGGUCUAGCAUUUUCACUCUUGUACUUGGUUUCAUGUAAAUACUAAAUAGACAUGAAUUAUAUUCUGAAUAACAAAAAACAAUAAUUGUAAUUUAAAAAUCUGUAAUGAAACCAAACUUCAUGAGUUUGUGGGGUUGGAUAUAGGAAUGUUCCUAGU